AGCUCCUCUCUACAAUCCCCAGCACCCUACCAACAUGCAUCCUGCCACCUUAGUCUACACUUGCUCCUUCUUGCUGCUGGUAGGGGCUUUGCCUGGCUGGACAGCUGAAAUUGACCCCUUUGGGAAGGUCAUUGAGGGCAUCAACCAUGGGCUAAGCAAUGCUGAAAGGGAGGUGGGCAAGGCCCUGGAUGGCAUCAAUCAUGGGAUCACUCAAGCUGGCAGAGAAGUAGAGAAAGUUUUCAACGGCCUUAGCAGCAUUGGAAAAGAGGCUAGCAGGGAGGUAGACAAAGGCGUUCAAGGGAUCAACCACAGUCUGGACCAACUGGCCCAUGGAGCUGGCCAUGCUGCUGGGCAGGCAGGGAAGGAAACAGAGAAAGUGAUCCAAGGCGCCAACCAUGGGCUCACCAACACCGGGAAGGAAGUGGACAAGGGCAUCCACGAUGUGAAUCAUGCUGUCGGGCAGGCCGGGAAGGAGGUAGAGAAGUUUGGCCAAGGGGUCAACCAUGCUGCUGGGCAGGCAGAGAAGGAGAUAGAGAAGGUAAACCAAGGGGUCCACCAUGCUGCUGGGCAAGCUGGGAAAGAACUGGAGAAGGUCAAGGAGGAUGUCCACCAAGGGGUCAACCAAGCCGGCAAGGAGGCCAACCAGCUGCUGAAUGGAGCUCAUCACGGAGGAGCUGGCGGCAGCGGGGUAGGAGUCACACCCUUGAACUCUGGGGCCUCGGUCAACACACUCUUCAUCAACUUACCAGCUCUGUGGAAAAGCAUCGUCAACAUGGGCCUGUGAACUGAUUGAUGGGCUUUGUCCGGCUGUGCCGAACAGGUUCUGUGGAUCGGUCUUCCAAGUGCUUGUGGAGAACUUGGGGGGGGGCGUGCUGUGUGGGCGGGGAACCACUUCCAGGACACAAGGAGUGGGGACAUUGUUAAUAAACAUGAUAAACUGGUACUCACUCCCCCUUUGUAUCUUUUAACAGUUUUCUUUUUUUUUAAUUAUGAACUUAAAUGCAAGCAUUUCCACAUACCAGGGUAUGUGAACCCGUAUGGGUUGAAAAGCUUGUCAAAGGGGUAUAGGGAAUAUCUGCUAAAUAACUGUAUUAUCUUAUUUAAAUAUUCCCAGAAUAGUAGUGAUUAGUGAAAAAAAUUUACAUUUAAUGACUUUAUGAUACUAAAAAUGUUAUGGAUUCAAUAAAGUUUCUUUAUGAAAAUUAA